ACACAACUCCCACUCGUAACUAACAGCUAGCUAGCAGUCGCGGCACACACACACACACAUAUAUAUAUACGGAUCGGAGUAGUUUCUUUCAACACAGAUUUCAAAUUAAAUGGACUGUCUUCCAGAUCUACCAGCAACGGCACCACCCAUGGGACUCCAGAGAAGGAAUGGGAAUCCACUAGACCUUAAUCACUUACCAGCAGCGGAUGGAGAUCACUCCAGCAUUAUUGUUGAUGGAAAACAACACCCAUCAGAAGACACCUCUUCUUGUGCUGCCGGCGCAGUGGGCGGCGGCGGCGGCUAUGGGAAAAAGAAAGGCGGCGAUGAGAGUGGUAAUAAGGUGUAUGAGUGCAGGUUUUGCUCCCUCAAAUUCUGCAAGUCUCAAGCUCUCGGUGGACACAUGAACCGUCACCGCCAAGAGAGGGAGACAGAAACCCUAAACCGAGCUCGUCAACUUGUUUUCAGUACCGACACCAACUUGUUAGCCCAAGGACCCCAUCACCUUCCAAUUAUGGGGUAUCAAGCACUAAACAUGGGAGACCCAAACAUCCACUACAGAUCAAUCUACCCCCCAAGAUUAUUCCCGGGACAACCGGCGGGCGCCACCAUCAUACCACCGCUGCCGACCGGACAGCCACACACGUACGCCCCGCCUCCGCAUUAUCCGGCGAACGACUACUUGGUUGGCCGCAUCCUCCCCACCACCCAAUCCCCCGCCAUGGCAAACCUUGAAAACAGUUACACCUGCAUCGGCGCACCGGUCGGGCAGGGGUUGCUGCCCGGCGGUCGAGGGGGCCCGGAAGUGGGUCCCGCUAGCGGCCGCAACGACAUGCCACCCUACAAUGCUGAUCCUCUCACCAAUCGCUAUCAGGACGGAUUCUAAUUAAUUAAUGUAGCUUUAUUUAACUUCAAUUCCAUUUCCUAGGUCCUAGAUAGCUUUUAAUUAAGUGACAAUAUUUUUUUUUAGGAAAGCAAGAAAAAAAAAGUACGUGUUUGACACUGGGAAAGAAAAACAGCUAGGAUCCCAUCCCUGAAACCUAAAAAGUUGAUAAAGCUGAUUAGGGAUU